GGACGUGUCGGUGCGGACCGCGGUGGGAGCAGCCGCCAUGGAGGAGCCCGCGGCGCACAACGGCAGCGCCGCCGGGGCCGCGCCCGGGGCCGGGACCCCCGCCCGCCCGCCCGCCACCCCCGAGGGCAUGGCGCUGGCCUACGGCAGCCUCGUCCUCAUGGCGCUGCUGCCCAUCUUCUUCGGGGCGCUGCGCUCCGUCAGCUGCGCCAAGAGCAAGAACUCCUCGGAGAUGCCAGAGACCAUUACCAGCCGAGACGCUGCUCGCUUUCCCAUUGUUGCCAGUUGCACCCUCCUGGGGCUCUACCUCUUCUUUAAAAUAUUCUCUCAAGAGUACAUCAAUCUUCUGCUUUCCAUGUAUUUCUUUGUGCUGGGGAUCCUGGCCCUGUCCCACACUAUCAGCCCCAUGAUGAACAGAUUCUUCCCUGCAAAUUUCCCCAACAAACAGUACCAGCUCCUCUUCACCCAGGGCUCCGGGGAGAGCAAGGAGGAAAUAGUGAAUUAUGAGUUUGACACCAAGGAUCUCGUGUGCCUGGCCUUGAGCAGUGUUGUGGGGGUCUGGUACCUGCUGAGAAAGCACUGGAUUGCCAACAAUCUCUUCGGGCUGGCAUUCUCCCUCAAUGGGGUGGAGCUACUGCACCUGAACAACGUCAGCACUGGCUGCAUCUUGCUUGGGGGCCUCUUCAUCUACGAUGUGUUCUGGGUCUUUGGCACCAACGUGAUGGUGACAGUUGCCAAAUCAUUUGAGGCCCCAAUAAAACUGGUUUUCCCUCAGGACCUGCUGGAGAAGGGGCUGGAUGCCGACAACUUCGCCAUGCUGGGACUGGGAGACAUUGUCAUUCCGGGGAUCUUCAUUGCCUUGCUGCUGCGGUUUGAUAUCAGCCUGAAGAAGAACACGCACACGUAUUUCUACACCAGCUUUGUGGCCUACAUCUUUGGGCUGGGCCUCACCAUAUUCAUCAUGCACAUCUUCAAGCAUGCCCAGCCUGCGCUGCUGUACCUGGUCCCUGCCUGCAUUGGAUUCCCGCUUCUGGUGGCCUUGGCAAAGGGAGAAGUAACCGAAAUGUUCAGCCCUGUCCUGGAGUCUUGCAGGCAAGGAGAGGCCAGCAGGUGUAAGCAGCUACGAGGAGAGCUCAACCCUCAAGGAGGCAGCAGGGGCUUCCAAAGAAGAGCCAACAGAAGCCUCCAAGAAGGAGAAGUGACCUUGCCUGUGGGCCGUGCCCGGUGCUGCUGGGCUGGGGCCCUUCAAGACCCUCUGCAAGUGACAGACGACGAAACAAUUGUGCAAGAGCAUCGUGUUGUGUGUGUCGGAGCAGCCACCCAGGUGGGGUAUCGAUGUAUGCCGGUUUUUAAAUUUUGUAUUGUGCAUUUGCUUUCUCUCAUAUUAAACCAUAUUGAAGGAAGGAGUGCUGGUGUGGCCAUGCCCCUGCUCAGCCAGCACUGGGAUUGGCAUCCAGCUCCCCCGCCUUCUCCCACUGGAGCCGGUGGCUAUUGUCUGGCUGUUUCCAAGUGACCAAGUGACCAUCCC